CAAAAUUAGUGACUCACUGAAAGAAGGGUUUGGUACAGACUAUACCAUCGUACCUAAUGUCAGAGAUUCUGUUAAAAGAUAGACUAUUUUGCUACAGGUCUAAUGGAAAGGAAAUGAAUUUGGUAAGUAACUUGGGGAGUGUAACUAACCGAUAUUAAGUACCAUAUUAUGAUAAUCAGUAAAAAUGAGCUUACCGUCCAUCUACUUGGCAUCUGCCGAUUAUUUCAAAGACGCAUUAGAUUUUUUAAGUAAAUAUCAAUGGUUAUAUAAUUAUCCAAAUACGCAUAUUCUCGUAAAAGACAUAUUGACAAAUUUUCCGAGUGAUUGGUGCGAGUAUUUUCAACAAUUGCCAAACGAUGAACUGAAUAAUCUGCCGUUGAAUUCAUUAAAGAAUUCACCUCCCAGUCUCCAAGAACUUAUUAAUGAUAUUAAUAAACUAAAACCAAACUUGAAAAGCCAAGAUUUUAAACACGAAGAUGACAUAUUUUCACAUAACUGUUGUUUGAGUAACAAAAAACGACAUGAAAUAGUUAUAUUAGCUCCAGUAAUCGAUGAAAUAUCUAAAAAAGUUGAAGCUGAUCUGAUCGUAGAUAUUGGUUCUGGUUUGGGUUAUCUCUCACAUCACUUACAUUCCAAAUACAAACACAAAGUACUAGGCAUCGAAUGUUCCAAGCAGUACGUAGCUCAGGCCUAUAAAAUGCAACAGAAGAUAUACCCACAUUGCAAAAAUGAAGUACAGUUUGCAGAUCACUAUAUCGACGCACAAUCUGCUGAGAAGAUAACAUCUCUAAUAAAAGAAACUUUUACUGAUUUUGACCCCAAGUCGGUCUCUUUGGUUGGUCUCCACGCAUGUGCAGACCUCAGCGUAACAGUUUUGGAUCUAUUUAGUCAAUUGGAGCGCGUCAAAAGCUUAGUAAUUAUGCCGUGUUGCUAUCACAGACUUAAAUUAAAAGAGGAACAGGAUCACAAAGAAUACUUUCAUAAUUUUCCUAUUAGCACUGUUUUUAAAGAUAUUUUUACUAAAGCUAGUAGUGAAUAUUUUCUAAGAAGACCCUUUUUGAGAUUAGCUUGCCAACAAGCUUCUAGAAACUUUUGUAGUAUGUCUCAAGAAGAACAUGUGGAUCAUUCUACAAACCUAAUGUUUCGCUGUGUACUACAGUUGGUUGCAGAAUCAGAAAACUUAGAUAUCAAACGUCUUAAACGAAAAUCAACAGCACACACGUCAACUAUAGACAUCGAAGAUUACUUAAAUCAUCUACCAAGUACACAUCAACUGAAACCACGCAACUCAAACGAUAAUCAGUUAAGUAUUACUGAUGAGUUAUUCUUGAAUAAAAUGCGUGAAAAGUGGAAUGAGUACAAAGACAAAUGUUUUUUGUUGGAGGUUUUAACAGGACUUCAAGCUUCUUUACAAAAUGUAUGUGAAAACGUUGUUUUACUAGACAGGGUGGAAUAUUUGAAGGAAAAGGGAUUCGAAGCACGCGUACAGAAAAUUACUGAUGAUUUAGUGUCACCCCGAUGUUAUGCACUGAUAGCUACAAAGUAGUGAUAUCGUAAAUGUACAUGUAAAUUUUAAUUGGAAAUUUAUUUAAGGAUAUCUGUUUUUAUUAAUAAAAUAUACGUUUUAUUGC